UUUUUUUGUAUCUGCGUUGCUUCACUCAUCACACAUCCGCCCAGUUCAUUUCUUCGUCGUAUGAGUUCGUGAAAGCUAAUUCAAGAUGGUGAAUGGUCGUAUCCCGUCCGUUCACAGUAAGACCUAUGUCACACCCCGCAGACCAUAUGAGAAGGCUCGGCUUGACCAGGAGUUGAAGAUCAUAGGAGAGUAUGGUCUACGUAACAAACGUGAGGUAUGGCGUGUCAAGUACACCCUGGCCAAGAUCCGUAAGGCUGCACGAGAGCUGCUGACAUUGGAGGAGAAGGAUCAGAGGAGACUCUUUAAUGGUAACGCACUGCUGCGUCGUCUUGUUCGUAUCGGAGUAUUGGAUGAGAACCGGAUGAAGCUUGAUUAUGUGCUCGGUCUCAAGAUUGAGGACUUCUUGGAAAGACGUCUGCAAACCCAGGUUUUUAAACUGGGGUUAGCCAAGUCAAUCCAUCAUGCUCGAGUACUCAUCAGGCAAAGACACAUUCGGGUCCGCAAGCAGGUGGUCAACAUUCCUAGCUUUGUGGUACGUCUUGACUCCCAGAAACACAUUGACUUCUCUCUGAAGUCACCGUUCGGUGGUGGUCGACCUGGCCGUGUCAAGAGGAAGAACUCUCGUAAGGGAACUGGUGGAGCUGCCCAGGAAGAGGACGAAGAUUAAACUGUACCUCUUGUGUUAAUAAACUUGUUUUAUCACUUC